AUGGGCAUCGGCCCUUCUGGCAUUGCCCGGUAUGAUAUCUGCAUCCAAAAGAACAAGCCCUGUGAGACGCUAGGUCUAGCUCCGGUGGGCGGCAUGUGUGAGCCAGAGAGGAGCUGCAGCAUCAACGAGGACAUUGGACUGGGCACUGCCUUUACCAUCGCCCACGAGAUCGGACACACUUUUGGCAUGAACCAUGACGGCAUUGGGAAUGGCUGUGGUCCACGCAGCCAGGAGACAGCCAAGCUCAUGGCUGACCACAUCACCAUGAAGACCAACCCGUUCAUCUGGUCAGCCUGCAGCAGGGAUUACAUCACCAGCUUCUUGGACUCUGGCAUGGGGUCCUGUCUCAACAACGUGCCCAUAAAGCUGGAGUUCAGCUACCCCACCACCGCCCCAGGACAGGCUUACGAUGCAGAUGAGCAAUGUCGCUUCCAGUACGGCGUUCGCUCUCGCCAAUGUAAAUACGCAGAAGUGUGCAGUGAGUUGUGGUGCAUGAGCAAAAGCAACCGCUGCAUCACCAGCAGCAUCCCAGCAGCAGAGGGGACCAUCUGCCAAACCAGCACCAUCGACAAAGGGUGGUGCUACAAGCGUGUGUGUGUGGCCUAUGGGACGCGUCCAGAGGGCAUCGACGGGGGCUGGGCGGAGUGGUCUCCAUGGGAGGAGUGCAGCCGCACCUGUGGAGGGGGUGUGUCCUCCUCUGUGCGACACUGUGACAGCCCCAGACCAACCAUUGGUGGGAAAUAUUGCCUGGGCGAAAGAAAACGCUUCAGAUCGUGCAACAUUGAUGACUGUCCGUCAGGCUCUCAGGACUUCAGAGCCAUCCAGUGUUCCGACUUUGACAGCGUGUCGUUCAGAGGGAAGUUCUACACGUGGAGGCCUUACAGAGGAGGUGGCAUGAAGCCGUGCUCUCUCAACUGUUUGGCGGAGGGCUAUAACUUCUACACAGAGCGCGCCCCAGCGGUGGUGGACGGGACGCCAUGUCGCCAGGACUCCCUAGACGUGUGCGUGAAUGGCGAAUGUAAGCAUGUGGGCUGUGACCGCGUGCUGGGCUCCGACGUCCGGGAGGACCGCUGUAGAGUGUGCGGUGGAGACGGCAGCACUUGUGAGACCGUGGAGGGGCUCUACAACCACUCACUGCCCGAAGAAGGUACAGACACACUCGUCCAACGCAACCCAAAGGCAGGGCUCUGA